CCCGGAUGUGACGCAAACAACGGCGUCACACCCGGAAGUUCCAGCGCACUGUUCUCUUACGUUCGUAGUGUUUUGGAGGCUUUUCGUUCUUUAUUGACAUUUUUCUUUGCGAUAAACUCAAACGUUGCUGUUUGCUGUUAUUCUCUGUGGUUUCGCGCAUGACUAAAGGCCCGGAGGAGCUGCUGGAACGGUUGUUUGUUAGAGAAUGCGAUGAAUUUGCUGAAAUUAGCUUGUCUGGCUAAUUAGCAAGCUAGAAGCGCUUGUUGUUUUGACGAACCGUUUCGUGAAAAUUAUCUGUUCACAAAAAGUAUGUGUGUCACGUUAUCUAUUCAACAAAUAAGAUAUUAAUAUAUAUUAUAAGAGACAACAAAUCCCCAGUCGGUAGUUUAAUGAACUCCAGAGUGGCGUCUUUGCUAACUAGCUAGCCGAAUUUGUUCUCCGACGGCAGCCUCGGAGCCUCCGCUGGGAUCUCCUUUUGUCCCGCCGCCUCGAUCAACACGUUUGUAUCGAGCUGAAUAAGCUCUCUGGGAACCGGACCCAAUGCGUGGAAUGAUGGGAACUCAGAGCAGUCCCGUGAAGAGCUAUGAUUACCUCCUGAAGUUCCUUCUCGUGGGAGACAGCGAUGUUGGAAAAGGUGAAAUUCUGGACAGCGUUCAAGACGGAUCCGCGGAGUCUCCAUACGCCUACAGCAGCGGGAUUGAUUACAAGACCACGACAAUCCUUCUAGAUGGAAGAAGAGUGAAGUUAGAGCUGUGGGACACAUCAGGGCAGGGCAGAUUUUGCACCAUCUUCAGGUCGUACUCUCGUGGAGCUCAGGGCAUUCUGCUUGUUUAUGACAUCACCAACAGCUGGUCGUUUGAUGGGAUUGAUCGUUGGAUCCGGGAAAUUGAUGAGCACGCUCCAGGUGUUCCCAGGAUCCUCGUGGGGAACCGCCUCCACCUGGCCUACAAGAGGCAGGUCCCAACAGAGCAGGCGAGAGCAUACGCAGAGAAGAACAGCAUGACGUUCUUCGAGGUCAGCCCUCUCUGCAACUUCAACAUCAUCGAGUCCUUCACUGAGCUGUCCCGCAUUGUGCUGAUGAGGCACGGCAUGGAGAAGUUCUGGAGGCCCAACAGAGUUUUCAGCCUCCAGGAUCUCUGCUGCCGCUCCAUCGUUUCCUGCACACCGGUCCACCUCAUCGACAAGCUGCCCCUCCCCCACACCAUCAAGUCCCACCUCAAGUCCUUCUCCAUGGCCAAUGGCAUGAACGCCGUCAUGAUGCACGGACGCUCCUACUCUGUGACCAACGGCGCCACUUCUGGUGUGAACAGUGCUGGAAGCAAAGCCAACAGUCUGAAACGCUCAAAGUCCUUCCGGCCCCCCCAGAGCCCCCCAAAGUACUCGUCCUCCAAGGGAAACUGUAAGAUCUCGUAGUGGAGCGUGAAGCUGGCGCUGUGGUCAGUAUUCCUGGUGUUGUUGCUGGCUGUAAAGGAUGGCACAGCCGGAGGAGAGCACAGAGGAUCUUCAUCAGGAACUAAGAACUUCUUACAUUUUUGGAAAGCUUCAGUUCCCUUGGUGCCGUCCCGUGGAUAUUUGCUCUCCUGGACUCUUUCCUGCAGAGGCUGGCUCUGAUCAAGCAGAAGGAUUAACCCCCACCAGACACUACAUGUGACUCCACUGAACGUGGAGCAGGAUUGUUGUGAAUGUAGGAGGAACGUCCGUCAUGUCCCUGCAGCUAACAUUCCCUCUGUGAGCAGACUGGGUUUGAAAGGGUUUUGGUUCAGUCGGACUGUUUUCCAAACAGAUUCAGUUUGUAAAAAUUCUAUAUUUCGUGUGCAUGUGGGGGGAUCUGAACUGUUUUGGGGUUCAAACCCACACGAUCCGUUGUAGUUCUGCAGUUUGAUGUCAUACUUUUGUACAGAUCCAUAUCAGUGUUUUAGAUGGUUGUUGGGUUUCUGUGAAUGUGAGACGCCUCAGCGGCUUCUCUCUGGACUCCAACCGCGCUGCUGGAGGUCACCCACGGCGCCGCCUUCGUGUUGUGCAUUGAGACCAGAACAAUGGCCUACAAGUGUUUGGUGAUGGUUUGGUGAACUUGUGAUCAGCCCGUCUGUCAGAGGGCUGCUGGGACAAGCGUCGCCCAUCCCAAUAAAGAGCCGAACUCCAGAAAAA